GAUGCGCACAGUGAUCAUCGGCAUGGAUACGAAGGACACCUACAUUGGAGACGAUGCUCAGGGUCGACGUGGAGUGUUGACUCUGAAGUAUCCCAUUGAGCAUGGCAUCGUCACCAACUGGGAUGACAUGGAAAAGAUUUGGUCGCAUUGCUUCUACAAUGAGCUGCGGGUUUCGCCAGAGGAACACCCUGUGCUGUUGACCGAGGCACCUCUAAACCCCAAGGCCAACCGUGAACGCAUGACCCAAAUCAUGUUUGAGACAUUCAAUGUGCCUGCCAUGUACGUUUCCAUCCAAGCGGUUCUCUCGCUAUAUUCCUCCGGGCGAACCACUGGUAUCGUUCUGGACAGUGGUGAUGGAGUUUCUCACACAGUUCCCAUCUAUGAAGGAUAUUCAUUGCCUCAUGCGGUUCAACGACUGGACUUGGCUGGUCGUGAUCUCACUGAGUAUUUGAUGCUGAUCAUGAUGGAAAGUGGAUAUGCCUUCACCACAAGCGCAGAGCGAGAAAUUGUGCGUGAUGUGAAGGAGAAGCUGUGCUAUGUGGCCAUCGACUUCGACAGUGAGUUGAAAACUGCAAUGACCAGCAGUGAUGGUGCUAAGACCUACGAACUCCCAGAUGGAAACAUCAUCUCGUUGCACACCGAACGCUUCCGUUGUCCUGAAGUCCUCUUCCAACCCAGCUUGCUGGGAAAGGAGGCGAUGGGGAUCCACGACACCACAUACCAGUCUAUCAUGAAGUGCGACGUGGACAUUCGCCGUGAUCUCUUCUGCAACGUGGUGCUCUCGGGUGGCUCCACCAUGCUCCCGGGCAUCGGUGAGCGCAUGACCAAGGAACUCAGCGCGCUGGCACCAUCCACGGUGAGGAUCAAGGUGAUCACUCCACCGGAGCGGAAGUACAGCGUCUGGAUCGGUGGCUCCAUCCUGGGAUCCCUCAGCACCUUUCAGCAGAUGUGGAUCUCCAAGGCGGAAUACGAUGAGGCGGGCCCCACCAUUGUCCACCGCAAGUGCAUGUGAGGCCUGACUGGCUGCCAUGGCUGCCACUGGAUGGGCCAAUUUUUUGGCAUUUUGAGACCUGGAUCUGUUGCAGAUCAUAUUUUUGUGCUGAGCAUUUCAAACACCUUGAGGCUUCCAUGUUGCAGAGGGGCAUGUGAAAUUGUGCAAAGCUCUCAAGAUCAUGGAGCCUCUCAUGGUGGGUUCAGCAUUGUACAGUUGAGCGGAAACGCCCAGAGAUGGCACUUGCCUGGAAAGAUUUUGGAUAGGUGUGGGUUUAGAGACGUGAAUCAUCAAAAGCAAGUUCACAAAUCUUUGUGUUCGGAGUGAG